ACGGAUAAAUAAACGUCAAAUACAAAAUCAAAAGAAAGGAGAGCAAAUCAAGCUAUAUUUUCGAUACAAAAUAUGUUUUAGAAAUCAAGUAAUUAUAAAAGAAGUUAUUUAAAUACCAAGUACUAAGCCAACAUGUCUCAACCUUCGAAUUUAACACAAUACGACGAAGCUUUGACUUCAAUAUUAGUAAAUGAAAAAUCAAUUCUAGGUUUUCUUUCAGCUAUAUUCAACUUUCUAGCGAGAAGAACUGACUUCUACUACGUGCCGAAAGGUCCGUAUGAAAACAUGGGGUUUCCUCCUGGAGUAGCAGAAGAGCUAGUAGUGAAAGUCCUUCGAAAAUGUGACCCAAAGUCCUGGCAUGAUCCGGACCAUACCAAGCACUUAGACUUAAACAAUGAAAUAAUGUGCUCUACAGUAGCUCAGGAAGUAGAAGUUGUUGCUGAGAGUGAUCCAAGCGAAGAAGCAGAAGCUACCAAAUUAGUAGAAAAUCUAAACAUUAAACAGGAACCGGUCUCACAGACUCAGCCUGCCUCUAAAAAUACAGGGAACAAGAGUAAGGUCAUUCCAGAUGAUUACAAACCACCGGAGAUACCAAUACAAAAGAACAGUGAAACUUAUAAUGGAGCUCAAAGGGAAAACUACUCUUGGUCGCAGAAUAUUAUGGAACUUGAUGUUUGUGUAAGGCUUCCUCGUGACAUAAGCUCGGCCAAGGAGUUGAGAGUGACCAUCAAUUCUGGAGAUAUAUGUGUGGCCCGUAGGAACGGGGAUGCUAUUCUUAAGGACACACUGCCAUACAGGAUCAGACCAGCCGAUAGUUUCUGGAGUAUCAGUGAAGGGAAACUGCUGAUGCAUUUAGAAAAAGUUCAAGAAAGAUGGUGGAACAGGUUCCUGAACAGUGAAGAAACCCUAGACCUGGAUAAGAUAGACUGCUCCCGGCCACUUGAUGAGCUGCCUGAAGACCAUGUUGCUAAGGUGCGUGAACUACAGUGGAAUCAAGAAAGAAAAAUGCAGGGUUUGCCCACAAGUGAUGAAAUUCGUAACAUGGAUAUUUUGAAGAAGGCUUGGAACGCUCCCGGAUCUCCUUUCCAAGGCCAAGAAUUCGACCCCAGCGUCAUCAACUCUCCAUCCACCUUCUCGAAUCUAAAGUAAUGCUUUAUUAAAUGAUUUUUAACGUGA